AUGGAUACUAAAAUAAAGGAAAAGAGAGAGAAGCUUGAGCAAGUUGCAAAGAGAAGAUUCUUCUAUACGCAAAGCUUUGAGUCGUACGGAGGUGUUUCCGGGUUCUUUGAUUUUGGGCCUAACAUGUGUGCCUUGCAGAACAACUUCUUAUCUAUCUGGAGAAACCACUUUGUUCUGGCAGAGAACAUGCUUGAGGUGGACACAGCAAUCAUCACGCCUUUUGAGGUUCUAAAGUGCAGUGGGCACGUUGACAAGUUCACAGACCUGAUGUGCUCGGACGCAGUGACUGGCGAGGUUUACAGAGCUGACCAUCUGGUAAAAGACUAUCUUUUGAAGGAAGCUGAGAACAGAGGUGGCGAAGAAAAGGAAGCAAUGAAAAUCAAGGCAGAAAUGAUCGACUCCUUUGGGCAGGAUGAGCUGCAGAGUAUUGUAGACACAUAUGGCAUAACAAGCGAGAACAAGAAUGGACUGACCAAGAUAGCCCCGUUCAACCUUAUGUUCAACACAAUUGUUGGCCCAGGAGGAAAGACACAGAGCUUUUUGCGCCCAGAGACUGCCCAGGGACAGUUUUUGAACUUUAAAAGGCUGCUUGAGAACAAUGGAGAUAAAAUGCCCUUUGCAAGUGCAACCGUUGGAAAGGCAUUCAGGAAUGAAAUCAGUCCGAGAACAGGUCUUUUUAGAGUACGCGAGUUUUUAAUGGCCGAAAUUGAGCACUUUGUGCACCCUGAAGAAAAGGAACACCCAAAGUUCUCCAAGUGCAGCGCCACAGAGCUGCCUCUUCUCUUCCUACAGAAAGGAGCGGAGAGCCAGACGGUUAGCAUGCUAAGCAUGGAAGACGCCGUGCAGCGCGGAAUUGUGAACAACCAAACUCUGGGGUACUUUAUCGUUCGGGUGUACCAGUUUUUGGUCAAGAUUGGCAUUCCAAAAGAAUCAAUUCGAAUUAGACAGCACCUCCCUACAGAAAUGGCGCACUACGCAACAGACUGCUGGGAUGUGGAGAUAGACACUGCAUUUGGCUGGAUAGAGUGCGUGGGCAUUGCAGACCGGGCAUGCUACGAUCUGUCUGUGCAUAGCAAAAGAACUGGAGACAAGCUUGUUGCACGAAGAAGACUUGCAGAGCCCAUCAAAGAGAAAAAGACCGUUGCUGUAGUCAAUAAGAAGGAGCUUGGUGCCAAGUUCAGAUCGAAUGCACAGAAGGCCAUGGAGACAAUUGAGGCUCUAACAGAGGCUGAGAUUGAGCAAAAGAAGAUAUCUGAGAACACGAUAGAGGUGGAUGUGCUUGGAGAGAAAAUAGUUGCACAGAUUGAAAGGCUUGAGAUUGUUAAGCACGUUGAAGAGUACAUCCCCAGCGUAAUUGAGCCCUCCUUUGGAAUAGGAAGAAUUCUGUACGCCCUUCUGUGGCACUCCUUCUGGAUGCGCGAAGGCGAUGAGCAGCGCUCUGUGUUUAGCUUUACUCCAGGAAUGUCCCCAAUAAAAUGCAAUGUCCUCCCACUGCAAGAGGAUGCUCGAUUCUCAAAGAUCAUAGCUGAGAUGAGAGAGGCAAUCGUUGAAAAGGGCAUCAGCUGUAAUCUUGAUGAAAGCAAGGCUUCUAUUGGAAGGCGAUACGCCCGUGCAGAUGAGAUAGGCAUUCCAUUCUGCAUAACCGUUGACUUUGACACGCUUGAGGACUCUAUGGUCACUCUUCGGGAGAGAGACAGCACAAAGCAAGUGCGCAUUUCUAUUUCUGACAUUCCUUCCACUCUUGCUAGGCUUGUUAGAGAAGAGAUAGCCUUUUCCAGCUUAGAAGGCAUUCAAAAUAAGACAGAAUAA